AAUUUACUGCAGGCGCAAACGUUCGGGAUUCGGGAUUUGUUUACCAACAUUUCAUUUCACGGCCAUUCACGACGUGUUCUCUGUUGGCACGCCGGCGUUCUUCUACUUGUUUUAGUUGCGUUGCAAAUUUUUCUUUUGCACAUUCACAUUGCACUUUACGGCUUUACGAUGGCUGACAUGUUUGGCGCCAAUUUGGAGAAGGUGUUCGAAAGUAUCAACAGCACCAUCCGGUUGGCCGCCGAGUUUGGGGCACCAGAGCAACAAGAGAUAGCCAUCUAUUCGAAGUUGGCGGAAAAACUGGUGGCCAUCGAGGUCAAGUACAACACACACAAGAAAGCACUCCAAGAAUCGACCAACGAAGUUACUCUGGAAGAGUUCGACAGGCGCUAUCAAUCCAACACGACGACCGGCAAAACCAACGUGAAGCAACUGAAGCGGUACAAGGACUUUAUCGGGCAGGCCAAAAUGUUCCUCAAAGCGGACCAGGAGGGCGGCCCGAGCGGCGACGAUGACCUCCAAGUGGAGGACACAAUCUGCGACAUCGAUCCGAUCACGAAGCGGCCGCUGGAGAUUCCGGUGCGCAACAAAAAGUGCAAUCACGUGUACGAGAAGCGAUCGAUUGAGGAGCUCAUUCGGAACAACCCGCGGACGCGGUGCCCUGUGAUGGGGUGCGCCGCCAACGAGUACGUCUCCUUGGGCGACCUGCAGGAAGAUAAGAUGCUUCAGCACAAGUUGCGACUUCAGCGCCAGAACGAGCAGGAGAUGUGAAGGCCGAGUUGGAUCGGAUUUGUUUGACUGAUUAAUUUAACGUUCCUUGAAUUCUGUACCUUGUUUAAUAAAUAAAAUGACAAAAGUA